AACUCUUAGGACAGAAUUCGUUUUCAAUUUCCCAACUGACCAAAAUGGCUAAUUUGAUGCAGACAGCAGGCAUAUUCUUCCUACUAUUUCUCAUCCCCAAGGCAGAGAAAACAGUUUUUCUAUCAGCUGAAAAUGCAAACAAAAUAAUACAGAGGCACAAGAGAGCAAACUUUAUCAUUAUAGAGGAACUGCUCAAAGGAAAUUUGGAGAGAGAAUGCUACGAAGAACUAUGCACAUAUGAAGAAGCAAGGGAAUCAUACGAAAACAAAGAGAACACAGAUGAGUUUUGGAAGGGAUAUUAUGAUGGUAGACAGUGCUCUUCGAACCCAUGUAUGAACAAUGCUGUGUGCACAGACACUAUUCGCAGUUACAUUUGCGCCUGUCCUGUAGGAUAUAAAGGAAAUAAAUGCCAGAUGGCAGUAAAUGAAUGCCAUCCCGAUGCAGAAGAUGGAUGCCAGCAUUUCUGUGAGCCUAGAUAUGGACUUGACUUUUACACCUGCUCCUGUGCAGAUGGCUACAAGCUUGGUGAAGAUGAAAAGUCCUGUCACCCAACAGAACCCUAUGCAUGUGGACAGUUACAAAAAGAUAACGCAACAGAAUCAACUUUGAGAGAAAACCAAAAGCCUACAUUCCCCUGGCAGGUUCUUCUCGUAAAUGCAGAAGAGACACAACACUGUAGUGGAGUUAUAAUCAGCAAAUCUCUCGUGCUAACAACUGCAAAAUGCACGGAUCAUCUCAGACCUCCAUUUGUGAUUGUGGGAAAUGGUGAUCCUGGAAAUAAGCAAAAGAUUAAAGUGGAGGGCUAUCGUGUCCACUCAAAAUAUUCUAAAGAUACUGGAGACAACAACAUAGCCUUAGUGAAGCUGCAAGACACCAUCAAGCUCCACAAACAUGCCUUACCCAUUUGCAUUCCUCAGAAGGACUUUGCUGAGAAUGUCUUAAUGCCACGUAUACCGGGUACCAUGAGUGGUUGGAAGCUGCCCUCCAACAAGACUUUGGAAAUACAACCUUUUCAAUUCUCUGCAACAGAAACUAACAAGGAACAUUGUGAGUUGGCUUUCAAUGUAACACAGACAAAUCGAUUGUUCUGCGGGAUAUCGAACAAUGGUAUGGAUUCUGCUCUAGUUGACGGGAGCCAUUUGACCAUUGAACACAAGGGGGCCUGGUUCUUGGUAGGUAUAAUGGGAACAAAUAAUAUAGAGGCCAGCAGCCCAAAUGUAUUUUUAUUUACUAAAAUCUCUAGAUAUAUAAUGUGGUUACUACAGAACCGUGCAUAAUUAUUUACUGUACAUUCAUUUUGUAAAUUGUGAUCACCUGUACAUUAUUACAGAACAUACACUUUUGCAAUUCUUUUAUACACUUUAUACUCUGGUAAUGUGUUUAUUUAAGGGAAAUUUUGCUUACCAAAUCAUAUCCUAACUUUUACAAAGCUCUGUAUAACCUUCAUACCAGGGAAGGCAAAUCUUAUAUUAUGCAUAACCAAAUACUGUAUAUACUGUAAGACAAAAUAUAAGCUCUGACAUGAUUACUCA